GCUCAAUGGUCUUCAUAGAAGAAAGGGCGCGAUGUCUGGACUUUUCAGAAAAAACAAACUUGUCAAAAUAAGAAGUCUGAAUGAAACUAAAAAAUAUGGGGUGGCUGCAACAAGUCUGAAAGAGCUUCUCAAAAAGGGGAGUAAACUUCUACAGGUACGAUUUCGCCCAGUAGUUUAGCACAUUCUACUGCUACCAGACCAAAACAGUCGGUCUUGACCUGCAACGAGGAAGUGGCGAUAAUGAAAGUUACAUUGUUCUUUAAUUUACAUUAUUAUGUGAAUCCUUUUCUUCUAGGUUCCACUCGUCGGUUCGCAUAUUUGUUUGUAUGAAGAUGGAACAGAAUUGUCAGAGGACUAUUUCCGAAGUCUUCCAGACAAUGCUGAACUUGUCCUUCUUGCCAUGGAUGAGAGAUGGAGCGGAUGUGAGUUAAACAUUGUAACUGACUGUAAAAAACAUUUAAAACAAACAACUAGCCAACUAACGUUAACCACCUUAGACUUGGUGUCAUGCACAUUUAUAUAUUGAUAAGACCUACUUUAUGUAGCUGUGCAUGGUAAAUAAAUGAUAACAAUACUAAUUUAAAUAUGCACUUCUUUAAAUACUUUAUGUAGGCAUAUAAUUGAGGUAAUUGAUUUGAAAAGGAUGGAUUCGCCUUGCUUUCACUUUUAGGAAGAGCAGUUAACCACACUCACUAAUGAGUAGCUUAACCUUGCCUGCCAGUGAUUGUUGCCGGUGCAGCCUGGUCUCAUAGACUAGACGUAAAAUAGUAAACGUAAAUCAGGGACACUCAAAUUAGUAUGAUAUGUUUGGUAUGGUUACAUAAGACAGAAGGUUACUCAAGCAAAAAGUAGGGUGGAUAACGCGAACAUCUAGCAACCCAAAGAUUGCGUGUUCGAAUCUCAUCACAGACAGCUUUAGCAUUUGAGCAAUUUUGCGACUACUUACUACUUUUUAACCUUCCCCUAACCCAGUGUUUCCCAAACUCGGUCCUGGGCACCCCAAGGGGUGCACAUUUUGGUUUUUGCCCUAGCACUAAACAGCUGAUUCUAAUAAUCAACUCAUCAUUAAGCUUUGAUUAUUUGAAUCAGCUGUGUAGUGCUAGGGAAAAAAACAAAACGUGCGCCCCUUGGGAUCCCCAGGUCUGAGUUUGGGAAACACUGCUAACCUUAACCCUUUAACCUAACUACUAAUCUUAAUUCUAACCCCUAACCUAGCUAACGUUAGCCACAACAAACUGGAAUUAGAAACAUAUUGUACGAAUUGCAAUUCGUAACAUACAGUAUCAUACGAAUGUUAAUUUGUAACAUAUGAUACGAAAUGGAUGAUGGCCAUCCACAAAUUAAUACAUACUAUUAGAAAUGUAACAUAUUAUACUCAUUGGAGUGUCCUGGAUUUACAUGUACUAUGUUACGUCUACCCCUGAGUCCAGGUUGGUCAGUGAGGCUGUUUGGGCUUCAAACCCAGCUGGUCACAUUGGUGCCAUGGCUUGGAUGUGUAGCUAACAAAGGUUGCUCUGUAAAUCAAUUUAAAUAACAGGUAUGAUUUGUUAUUAUUCCAGUUGUCUGUGACAUAGUCCGGUUGCUGGACACCGACAGGAACUCGGAUCUUCUGAUUAAUGCGGCUAAGGGGCUUCUCUCUGACAAGCGUUAUCCAAAGAGACGCAAACUCCUGGGGGAACUGCUGCUGCAUUUGAAGGACAGCUCUGAGACUGAAAACAGAGAAGACGAUGAAGACUGGUUCCAAGGUAACAAGUCCUCACUCAAUCUUGGGUUGGAAAGAAAUCCUGCAGGAAACAAUGUGAUAGCCAAAAGCAAGAUGGAGCAAAGUAUAAGGAACUUUUUAUAUUUAGCUGAAACAAUCUGUACCUUUUAAAGUUGCAACCCUUCCAUUUCUGUGCUUUCAGGAAUUGAUGUCAGAUUUAAGACCAAAUCAGCCUACAUGAAGUACAACUGUGAGAGCAGGAUUCGUGGAUACAUGAAGGAGGUAAAACUGUAUUACUGAUGCUUUGGUUUGACGCUGAAAGUGGUUGGGACUGUCAAGAAGUGAUCCUCAAAAGGAGUACCUCAGUAUAACAAAUAUAAUCCAAAUUGUUAUCUGCCCUUCUAUUUUCUGAGGGGAAAGAAUAUACUUACUCAUGACUGAUUUAUAAUUUGCUUAUACACAGGUGGAUAGUUAUGCUCAAACAAUCCAAAAGCCUAAACUCAAGGAUGAAUACAAGAAGACUGCAGAGUCCUUGGUGAUGCAGCUGAAGUCUGACAAGUACAAUGGCUGCUACUUCAACAGGACAGAGAAGGAACUCAAUCGACUAUGCACCAAGGAAGGAUGGUUCUCCUGUCAGGUAACAUUUAUGAACCUGAAAGAGGCUAGUAAUGUAGAAUUUGACUAUAAUAAAGCAUAAACACAACAUAAUUAAUUAGGUGAUUGAAAAUGGUCACGGAGAUGUGAAUGGUUACCAACAGUACCAUGUUUGGCACCGUAGCAUCCUGUCUUACAGCCUGUGUCCUCCCCCCAUCUCUCUCCUUUCCUCAGGGUGCUUUUGACCAGGAUGAAUGCAAGUCCCUACACUCCAUCAACCCCUAUGGCAACCGAGAGAGCAGGAUUCUCUUCAGCACCUGGAACUUGGACCACAGGUGGGUUUAGUGGAUGAUAACGGUUAUUAAUAUCAUUCAGAAUGUCAGGCUCAAAAUCGUGUUUGAAACAGUAUUACAAAAAAGCUUGCUUAAUUAUGAAUUGCAAUGUUAUGUAUGUCGGUUGUGGAUCAAAUCUGUAGUUGAUUGAAAUCUCUGUCCCAGGAUUGAGAAGAAGAGGACGGUCAUUCCUGCCCUGGUGGAAGCACUGCAGAACCGCAAUAGCAACAACAUAAACCUGGACUAUUUUUACAAACUGCUGUUCACUCGGGAGAAUCUAAAGCUGGUGCAUAUCGUAUGCCAUAAGAAAAGUGCCCAUGACUUGCUGUGUGAUAAAAGAAACAUGUACAAACGGGGCAAACGAAAAUGA